AUGAAUGAUACAUCACCAGACGGUCCAUCUGAAGUUUACCCGAAGUCAAUUGCGUGCGGAGCAAUCCACACUUCAAAGACCCUAGCUGUACCCUCGUGCCCGAUCCUCAGCCUGGAGAUCAUUGACAGCCCUUUACCCAGACCUAAGAGACUCCGUCGGCGAUAUUACGCAAGUGCAGAGCCCUUGAUGGUUCAUACUUCAUUCCCACAGCAGUCAAAGUCUCAAGAGUCAUCACCCAAUAAUGAUAUUCGUCUAAUGACAGCUUCUAAAACGCCUAAUUCAUCAUCUCUUUCUAGAAAAUCCACAUCCUCGAUACGGAGCUUCUUCCGCCGUGCCCAGCAUCGACAUGAUACAGCAAGUACAUUUAAAGGGCUAGGGUCAGGUCAGCAAUCCCAAGAGUCUCAAGACAUUCCACGAUCGAACUCCGCAAUCCUGUCUUGCUCUUCAGAGUGCGUACCACAAGCAGACAUGGCUUGCAGCUACGGGAACUCGGCUUCUAGAAAAAAGGUCUCACACUUCCAUUCACUCAGAGACAGAAUUAAAUUUGCCGCUCUCCCACGUCCGCAACCAUUAUCCAAGAAAUUGAUCCGGCCUCCAUCAGUCGGCCAUACUCUCCAGCAUAGAGACACAUCGGCUUUUGUCAUACCUGCGAAUGUGGGAGCUGGAUCUGAAUCUCGACGACUGAGCACUAAUUUGCCGGACGAGUUUAUUGUCGAUUCCUGCGAACUUAGCCGUGAGUUCUGCAGUGGAAGUAGGAUACCAGGAAAAUGUGGGAAAGAGAUUGGAAAGGGUGCAACGGCUACUGUGCGCAUUUUUUUCAGGAAAGGUGGUUCAAAAGGUGUUCAAUAUGCUGUUAAGCAAUUCCGAAAAUGCGGCCGACAUGAAGAUAAAAGAGAAUAUGGACAAAAGAUCAAGUCGGAGUUUAGCAUUGCCAACAGCCUUCAUCACCCCAAUAUUGUGAAAACCAUUCGUCUUUGCAAGAGCCAUGGACGAUGGUAUCAUGUUAUGGAGUAUUGCGAUCAUGGGGAGUUGUACUCAUUGAUUCAAAGAGGUUAUCUUGAAGAAGAGGAUAAUCUUUGUUUUUUCAAGCAACUGUUACGAGGUGUAGCAUUCUUGCAUCAGCAUGGUAUCGCACAUCGCGAUAUCAAACCCGAAAAUCUAUUAGUCACAUCUGAAGGGCAUCUCAAGAUCACCGAUUUCGGUGUCUCGGAAGUAUUUUCAGGUAUCCAUCCUGGGUUGCGAGCUGCCGGUGGGCAGUGUGGGAAGUCUAUGGAUGAGAACCGCAAAUGCUCGUCAGGGGUUUGUGGCAGCUUACCUUAUAUCUCUCCGGAAGUCCUAACGGAAAAUGGUGACUACGAUCCGCGUUCUCUCGAUGUAUGGUCGUGCGCGAUUGUGUGCAUAACGCUUUUCUUUCAUGGUAUCCCAUGGCAAGCCGCGAAACCCGAAGAUCCUGGCUAUAGCAAAUUCUUGGCGGGUUGGCAUAAAUUCUUGCUGAGGAAUCCCCGUGGUAAAGUCACGAAGACAGAAUAUCCUUCGUGCGGUGAAGCUUUCGAAGCAUUGCCGAGCAGCAGGUUGCGGCGAAUCAUUCUGAAAAUGCUGCAUCCGGAUCCAGACAUGCGCAUUACAAUCGAUGAGGUCUUGAGACAUCAGUGGAUAAAGAACAUCGAGUGUUGUAGCCCUGAAACUAGCCAUGUGGCUAACCCGAAUGCUCCGAUGGAUUCUUCUGAUAGUGUUAGUACACAGGAUGCUCGGAAGAAGGUGGCCAAGAUCCAUCAUCAUCUUCCACCACCUAGAACGUGA